AUGGCCGCUGACAAGGCCGAGAAGGCUGCCAACAAGGGCCUCGGAAAGCAGGAAGCCAAGAAGCCCACUUCCAAGGCUCCUAAGAAGAAGAACGACAAUGCCUUGAUCGGUAUUGAUGUUAACAAGGAAGAUGACUUCCCAGGAUGGUACCAGCAGGUUCUCACCAAGGGAGACAUGCUUGACUACUACGAUGUUUCGGGAUGCUUCAUCCUCAAGCCCGCUUCGUACUUCAUCUGGGAGGAGAUCCAGCAGUGGUUCAACACACAUAUCAAGAAGAUGGGUGUCAGGAACUGCUCGUUCCCGCUGUUCGUUUCUGAGGAUGUUCUGAACAAGGAGAAGGAUCAUAUUGAGGGGUUUGCUGCUGAAGUUGCCUGGGUCACUCAUGCGGGCUCUACUCCUCUUGAGAGAAAGAUUGCCAUCCGUCCCACCUCCGAAACUGUCAUGUACCCUUACUACGCCAAGUGGAUUAGAAGCCACCGUGACUUGCCUCUCAGACUCAACCAGUGGAACUCGGUUGUCCGGUGGGAGUUCAAGCACCCCCAGCCUUUCCUCAGAACCAGAGAGUUCCUCUGGCAGGAAGGUCACACUGCGCACUUGACUGAGAGUGCUGCGCGGGAGGAGGUUUUGCAGAUUCUUGACUGGUAUGCUCACAUCUACGAAGAUCUCCUGGCUGUCCCAGUCGUCAAGGGUCAGAAGACGGAGAAGGAGAAGUUCGCCGGUGGUCUCUACACCACCACUGUCGAGGGUUAUAUCCCCGCCACUGGUCGUGGUAUCCAGGGUGGAACAUCGCACGGUCUUGGUCAGAACUUCAGUAAGAUGUUCAACAUCACUGUCGAGGAUCCCUCUGCCAAGGGCGAUGAGAAGAAGCCGCCUCUCCACGUGUGGCAGAACUCGUGGGGUCUCUCGACCCGUACCCUGGGUGUCAUGGUCAUGAUCCACAGUGACAACAAGGGUCUGGUCCUCCCCCCUCGUGUCGCAGAGCUCCAGACCAUUGUUGUCCCUGUCGGUAUCACCGCUAAGACCACCGAUGAGGAGCGCCAGAAGCUUUACUCUGAGAUUGAUGGCCUUGUUGCUGUCCUUGACGCUGCUGGCGUCCGUGCUGACAGCGACAAGCGCGACUAUUCUCCUGGCUGGAAGUUCAACGAGUGGGAGCUCCGUGGUGUGCCCCUCCGUCUCGAGUUUGGCCCUGGUGAGUCCGCAGGCCACUUUAUCACUGCUGCUCGCCGUGAUAUCCCUGGUAAAGAUGGCAAGUCGACUCUCCCCAUCCCUGAAUUGUCGACUGCUGUCCCCGCUCUGCUGGAAACCAUCCAGAAAGACCUGUACAACCGUGCCGAUGCUGAGUACACCUCCCACCGAAAGAUCAUCACCAACUGGGACGAGUUCGUUCCUGCUCUCAACGACAAGAAUGUCUGCCUCAUUCCCCACUGUCUCACUGAGGAGUGCGAGGACUCGAUCAAGGCCACUAGCGCACGCAAGGUUGAGGAGGACACUGGCGAGGCCCAAGAUGCCAAGGCCCCCAGCAUGGGUGCCAAGUCGCUGUGCAUUCCCUUCGACCAGCCCGAGGGCCUCACUCCUGGUGUGACCAAGUGUACCAACCCUCUGUGCAACCGACUGGCCGAGAAAUGGUGCAUGUUUGGCCGUAAGUAA